AUGCUCAAGGAGCUGUACUUCAAACUGCAUAACCUGGAACACUUCUACGACAGUAUAUUGCCUACUGUCGCACCGAAAUUGUGGGCUAUGAUGUCGGAAGCUAUAGACCACGAAGUACAACGAAAAGGUGGUGGAAUCUUGGAUAUCGAAACCUACUCGCGACAGAGGCUCGAGCAAUUUCUGCAAGUGGAAUAUGAUGCCUGCAUGUGUAGGUGGGAGAAGUACAAUUUGAGACGGCAGGCUGGAGGCAACCGCAAGUUGUUCGUGGACCGCAAAGAUGCCUCCAAUUCUAUUAGACGUCUCGCACCUUUAAAGCUUGUCGACGGAGCGUGGCUGGCGCAUAUCGGUAAAAUCUCUACUCCCCUUGCUCUGCGAUCAGUAACGCAGAAUGCAUGGCAGAUACUUUCGGAAGAACUUGGAGAUGGUGAUCUCCGCAAGAACCAUGUCCGCAUCUACAGCGAGCUCGUUCACGAAACUAGCGGGGUAUUCCUCGAGCCUCACUCACCGCUCUUUAUCGACCAGUGUAUUUCCGACAUCCACGUGUGGAAAGCCGCGGUAGCUCAGCAGCUUCUCUCUAUAUUACCCGAUAAAUUCCUGCCGGAGAUCCUAGGGUUCAACUUACACUUCGAGAGCGUUGCCUUCGAAACGCUCAUCACCUCCCGCGAGCUUGAGGAGCUUGGCUAUAGCCCGUUAUACUUCUUAUUACAUGUAUCAAUUGACAAUCCUCAUUCGGGGCACUCAGCUAUUGCACUGGAGACCGUGGCUAGGUAUCUUGAAUUUAUUCAACGAGAAUCGGGUACGAAAGAACUCCAACUUGCUUGGAACCGAGUGCGAGCCGGCUACCUGCUUUCCCAGCACCUGAACACAGAAGUAAGUGAGACCCGACGGUUCCUGGCAACAGGUUUGAAUCCGUGCGAAGAAGCGGUAAUCCAGGUCGUAACUGGUAAAGCCCGAGCAGCGCAGAAGAUACAUUGCGGGAGCCGUGUCAGGGUCGGCGGCCACUCUAUCAACCACUGGCUGGACGAAGAACGUCUUCGUGAGCGUACGUGGCAGAGCCGAUUUCUUCAGGCACUUAACAACACCGGUAGUCUAGUGCGGAAGGGUCGUAGCGCGGAUAGCAAACUGGUCAAAGAGAUCAGUUGGGGCGGUAAAAUGUUCGGUUCCUUCACGGACCUCGAAGUUAUAGUAAUAAAGCAGUGGAUAGACGCACUGCCUUGGAAGCACGGCGAGAGUUACUGGAGUUUCACGGGGUUAUGCGCUGACGAAGUGGCAUAUGAUCCGAGGACGGACAACCAAUGCUGGAUCAAUGCGUUCUACCGCAAGACGCCGCUUAUUGAGCAAAGUCUGCGUGAGUCCAACGACAGCAUAUUCCCCUUCAACACAAAUAUCGACAGCAUGAUGGCUAAGCAAAGCCCGAACCUGAGCAAAAUGCUCCCACUCUGGUUCGCGGGUCUCGGCCUUUUGGAGAACUUUGUCACUAUACCUUCCAAAGUGGCAAACACCCGCAGCUGCGCUAUACUCCGGGUGCUCAGGGCUCAACACGGAUUUGGCAAUGAGACUGGAGGCGUUGCCGGCUUAGACGAAGCCUUACGUACCGAUCGGGUGGAUUUGGUAGACAUUGGUCUAGACUGGGUGGAUAAAGCGGGACUGCAAAAACCAGAGCUCGUUGAUGCAGUACUGCGGGAUCCUGACGCUGCAUUUGCACGCGAGAUGGUCACUUUAGCUGUGCGGCCUGAGGGAUAUGCUGAUGUAUUAGUGGGUCUCAGUUGCGCCUUUGCGGAGUUGCAUCUAGCGAUGGUCCCGGUAGUAUCGCCAUCGCUUCAAGAUGCUUUACAGCAGAUAGCAAUGAGAGAACAACGCGGCUUGGAGGGGUGGCUAGUCGAUCUGCGAGGAAACAGUGCUGACUCCUCUAUGGUAUGCAAAGCCUAUAGUGUAGGAAGGCGAGUGAUUGCGUCUUGUUUUGAUUGA